UGCUGCUGCUCUCACAAAUCAGACCUACCCGGCUGGCUCACCAUGUGCAUCUCCCACACGAUUCUCCCACUCGUCACCUGCACGCUGCUGCUCCUCGCCUCCACCUCAGGUGAAGGCCAGCUUCACGAGGCCCACGAAAACACACCUGAUACGGAGAGGAUGGACAGCCAGGCAGUUCUGCUUCUGGAGGCUGUGAAGACAGGGAUCCUCAGCUCUUUGGGUAUGGACGUGGAGCCCAGACCGACCCAAAAGGCCUCGAAAAAGGAGCUCAGGAAGAUGUAUCAGCUCUACAGGAGAAAAAUAAGGGAGAUAAGAGGAAAUUCCAGCCAGCCAAUGGGGGAAAACUCGCAAUCCACCAUGUCCACUGUGCUCUUUCCAGUGUCACCAGUAAAAGCGCUUCGGAGGGGUCCACACUCAGGUCCAAGCAUGCGGUGGUACAGAGCUGUUUUCCAAAAGAAUACGAAUAUUCAGAAUGACUUGACUGUAGCUCGAGCAAAGCUGAAGAUUUCCAGACAGGUUCUGGGUAAACUCACUUCAGUGAGGCCUGAAGCAAGGGAGGAGAUUAAAAUUAAAGUCAAUGGGGGAAAGCCAGCAGUGUGGCCAGCUGCCUGGACUGACUCUGUAGCCCAAACUAAUAUCUCAAACAUUCAAGAUGUUUACCUGGACAUCAUCCCAGAGGUAGAGAAAUGGUUCGGGACUAAUGGGAAGCCACUGGUUGUGGAUGUAGGAGUGGCUAACAGAGAGGCCCUCAAGCCGACCUUUUCUCUGGAAUUAGACCUCACGCAAGCCAACCAGAGGACGAGGCAGCGUCGCUCCAACAAGCAAGAUGACUGCGAUGAACCAGGAUGGUGCUGCCGGAAGUCAGUCACCGUGUCCUUCAAAGACAUCGGCUGGACAGACUGGGUUGUAGCCCCAGUCGAAUACACCAUGCAUUUUUGCGACGGCACCUGCCCCCACAACUACAAGCCGGCAAGCAUGCACACUCAGGUCAAGUCUCGGCUGCACCAGAUCACCAAAGGAGGGACACCUCACCCCUGUUGUGUGCCAGCAGCCUACGAGCCCAUGGUCCUCAUGCACUACGACAGCAGGGGAAAACUGACACUGACUACUUUCACUGACUUUAUUGUCAGUAAAUGUUACUGUGCCUGAGAACAAAAUGCAACUAACCACUUCUUCAAAAUUUAAAGAAGUGUAUUUUCUGGAGUGUGUUGUCUUUUUUUUUUUUUUUUUUUUUU